CUUGCGAGGAAGCGGCGCGGCUUCCUGGGGCUUGUGCCGGGGAUAUAGGCGCCCCCACCCGGGCCCGGCUCAGCGCCACCGCCCCUCCUCGCCUGCUCGCGGCGCGAUGGCCUCGCUCCGGGCUGAGCGCGCAGCCGGCGGCCCGCGGCUCCCUGCGACCCGCGCGGGGCGACCGGCUGCGCUCCGCCUCCUCCUCCUGCUGGGCGCUGUCCUGAAGCCCCAGGAGUCCCUGGCUCAGGUUCCUCCCACUGAAAGCAGCUUGAAGCCAGAAGGUGUGUACCCGCCGCGGCUCUGGGACGGUGACCUGGGACAGCGAGGAGAGCCAGAGGACAAGAUGGAGAGCUAUGAGAGGACUAUCCAGAUUUGCUGGCAAUCGUAUAAGGAGGAGAUGGACUCUAUCCCCAAGGAUUGGUGUGACUGGGACAUGAUUAGCAGGCCUUAUAGCGACCUACAGUAUUGCCUGGAGCAUUUUGCAGAAGAAUUUCAUCUGGGCUUCCCCAAUCCCUGGGCAGAAGAGAUCAUCUUUGAGACUCACCAGAUCCACUUUGCCAACUGCUCCCUUGUGCAGCCCACCUUAUCAGACCCCCCGGAGGAUGUGCUCCUGGCCAUGAUCAUAGCCCCCAUCUGCCUCAUCCCCUUCCUCGUCACCCUUGUGGUGUGGAGGAGUAAAGACAGUGAAGCCCAGGCCUAGGGUGGUAUGAGUUUUUCCACAGCCAUCUUUCUCCUUUUCCUUGCCACCACCAGGUCUCUCUUCCCCUCCCUGCCUCCUUCUGUCAGUCCCACACCUACCACAGAUCCUUGGACUGAUGAAAGUGGAAACCCAGUGGUGUCAUAGCACAAGUUCUGUAAUCUUCAAAAUAAAACUUUUUUUUUGUACUGUC